AUGGCCAAUCAGACUACGGAUACUUCUUCGGAUGAACGCCAGCCGAAAUCACGCUCAACCUUUCGCCGCACUAACCCAUUUCCUGCGCUCUCUGCACCGCCAGCAUCUCUACCACCUUCUACGUUUGGCGCUGAAAUUUACGAUGGUUCGCGUCCGCCGUCUGUUAGCCCCCCUCCCGACUCGCCACCUCCACUCGUGCAGGCCAGGCCAUCGCCCCAUAUCCUCACUUCAUCCCAUAGCACCUCCAGUUGCUCUUCGGUAUCUCCGUCACCUCAGUCUGACCCCGCGUCCCAGAACGUCCACCCAGUUAUUUUAGAUGCCUCUCCCGUUCUGAUUCAUAAUCCGCAAGAUCCAUCGUCUCGCUUAUACUCUGUCGCGAAGAGCGGGGUAAUUUCCUACGAGGAGCAGGCAAAAGUUGCGCCUGCCCCGGAGGCGGGUUAUGCACAGCCGUCCCGCUAUCAAUAUUCUACGUCGAACGCGUACGCUAGCGCGUCUUCCCCGGUAUCUCCCGUACACCAAGGGGACGCCCAUCCGUCGUCCCAAGGCCAGUCACUCGCAUCACAUCACGUCUCUCCUGUGGACCCAUCUCCCCAUGUCUCGACGUAUCACGGACGGACUUACGAAUCUUAUCAAAACGUCCACCCGUCACAGCCUCAGAUACCACCAAGUGACCACCAGCAUCAACGGUCGCCUUCUGAUGUCUAUGCGCAGUACCCGUCCCAGAACACCUCUCGACACGCGAUCUCGCAUAUCUCCCAGCCACGACCACAGUUACUCCCAUACGGACAGCACUCGCAUUCCGGGUACCCUCAUUCGUCAUCUCCAACAUCAGUCCCACACUCGAUAUCCCCGCUCGAGUCGGAGCGAGCUACGCCGGUGCAUCAGCAAGUACGCCCGGGCGAACACAUUAGUACCCACACGCUCAGCAGGCAGCCUACUUUAGAAAGUGCAUCUUUCUCCGCCAACGAAGGGUCUUUCGCGAGCGUCUACAAUGCGCAGGGGGAGUCUAACGACCCCGCUGUCUUGCCUAACUCGGGUUACUCGUACACUUAUCGGCGGGACGUGGAUCACCACGUUCCCUAUUCUCAGCCCAGGAGUCAGUACCUACUGCCUCAGUCUCAACCAGCGACGGUUCCUCCAAGUCGGUACCCUUCCCCUCGUCGCGGGCUACCACCCAUGGACGUUACCCGGCCUGUGGACGGUGUGGCGCAGGUGUAUACUCAGCUUCCGCCUCAUCAGUCGCCGCACGUACAGCACGUCGUCGAGCCUGAGGUACACGGCUAUGCCCAGUACCAGCAGACGUACGACUCCUCCCAGUCGACGAGCUACCUGCAUCAGCCGCAGCCGGUUAUGCCUGGGACGCACUAUCAGACGGUUGUCGCCCCUGUGAAUGGGCACGAUUGGCGCGAGCCCG